AUGUCCUCCAACAAAGAUGCCGCGCUCUAUGGCAUCCCGCGUCCCAAAAAAGCCGCCGACAAGCAGGCCACCUCAUCUAGCAACCUCGCCUUCGCCUCGCAGCUCUCGUCGCUCAUCUCCGCCGGUUCCUCGUCGUCACAGCCCAAGUCCGCCGGUCGCGCGCGGCCCAAGAACAAGGACGAUAUAUUCAGCGUGCACAACAAGAAUUCCCGCAAACGCGCGCUCAAAGACCUCGACGAUACCGACUUCACCCAGCGCCAUAGCACCUCCAGCGAAGCUCUCGAUGACGCGACGUUCAAGCGGUCGAAACGGAAAAUGGAGGAGAAGGCGCGUCUAUACGCGGCUAUGAAGCGCGGCGACGUCGAGGAUGCGGACGAGCGCUACGCCGUGGACUUUGACCGCAAGUGGGCUGAAAAGCAAGACGCUGAAGAAGCGGAUACGUCGUCGGAUGAGGAUGCAGGCAGCGAGCCCGAGGAGCUCGUGGAAUAUGUCGAUGAGUUUGGCAGGACGCGGCAGGGCACAAGGGCGGAUGCUGCGAGGGAAGAACGGCGCAAGAAGUCGAUGUUUGACGAGCCGGACCGCUUCACCGCAAGGCCAGCGAUGCCGACAAACGUAAUUUACGGCGAUACAAUCCAGACUGCUGCCUUCAACCCGGAUGAGACAGUAGCGCAAAAGAUGGCAGAGAUUGCAGCUAAGAGAGAGGAUACUCCACCCAAGGAUACCCACUUCGACGGUAGAGCAGAGAUUAGGAACAAGGGAACCGGCUUCUUCCACUUCUCGCAAGAUGAGGAGGAACGUAAGAAGCAGAUGGAGGAACUUGAGAAAGAACGGCUGGAGACUGAGUUCAGGCGAGCAGAGAGGGAGAAGAAGAAGGAAGACAGAAAGAAGGAGGUUGAGGAACGGAGAAAGGCGCUCAAGGAAAGGCGAUCGAAAGCACAGGCGGACAAGUUUCUCGAUGGUCUUAUGGGUGAACUGGGAGAAAAGGCUGAUGAAGAUACGGCUGUCCCGGAAGACGGGGGAAAUGAGGAGACCAACGCUGGAUGA